UUUCCUCAAGCUGUGUCUGACCCCCUGUAUCUGGGUGCCGAGAUAAAUGUGAGAGGAGCCUGAGAUUCCUCGACGUGCCCUGGGGGGGCUCUGUGUGCCCCUACCAUGUACCUGGAAGAGCUGGGAUCCUAAGGCGAUCUGCGCUAUAGCGAGCGGGAGGGAGGAUAAAUAGUGACAAUCAAAGGCAGUGAUUACUCACUCCCAGAGCGGAUGCUCUGUUGCCAUGGCAUGGGGGGGGCAAUUACUUUGAAUUCUCCUCUCCCCUUGGUGUUUUUAACUUAGCAAGCCUGAAGUCUGCUCGCUUCACCCCGCAAAUUGGUCACAACCAGUCUCCAGUCAGCAGGGGAAAUGAGCUUCCCGGGCGACAAGGAUGGGAGGCGCAGAGCCAGGCCCCCUCCCUGCCAGCGGGAGUAGUACAGUCCGAGGGGGAGGCAGUCUGUUAUCUGGCAGCCAGCUGAUUCGAGCAGUCAGGGGGCUCAGAUGGAGCGAAGACGGCUGAGGUGGCGGAGCAGGUUCUGCUGACAAGGGUUUGGGCAGCGCCUUGGAAAUCUGGGACAAAUCGCUCCUUUCUGUUGCCGUUGUUUGGACAUGCAAGUCAGCGCAGCUGUUUAAGUCUCGGCGACAAGGGCGUGCAGCAUCUGGAAGCGUCUCCGCAGCUCUGCAGGCAGCCUGCCCCAGAGGAAGCUGCCGAGAGCAGGGAUCCGAUGGUUCACUUUUAACCACAUCCGUGCCUCAGCUAGAAAUAUUUACAGGCGUUUGUCACCGUUUCCCUCCAUUUUGAAAAGAAUCCCCUGGCAGCCGGAGCUGGGAAAGCUGCUCUCAUGGCGUUUAGCCCCUGGCAGAUCCUCUCCCCAGUCCAGUGGGCCAAGUGGACGUGGUCAGCUGUGCGAGGGGGGGGUGCUGGUGACGGUGAGGAUGGUGGGGUAGAACAAGAAAUAGAGGAGGACGACUCGCAGGCAGAGACCAAAUCAUUGAGUUUCAGCUCGGAUUCUGAAGGCAAUUUUGAGACCCCUGAAGCAGAAACCCCAAUCCGGUCACCUGUAAAGGAGAUCUGUGACCCACCGCUGGGAUUGGAUGUGGCCGAGGCCAGGACCCAAGAAUUACGUGAAGAUGAUGAACAACUGGUAGCUGAAAUUUCUGAGACAUACGUAUCCCAGAAGCACUCCGAGGAUGAGGUGCAAUCGCCUCUUGCAGUUCUUCAAGGUGACAAGAAUUCUAAAACAGAAACUGACUGCAAAUUUGAUGAAGAUUCAUCAGUGAAACGAGUUGCACCAGAAACAGAGCCGCCUUUGGGUAUUUCUUCAGCACUCACAAAAGAAACUGAUUCUCCAUCUUCAGGAGUGUCGGCUCCAGACCAGACUUUGUCAUCCAAUGUACCCACAGCUACCCAAGCGUGGGUGAUGUCAGAAGAAGACAUGGUUGUCACUCUCGAAGGAUUGGCUGAUGCUGAGCCAAAGGCUGAAACUUUUGCCCUGGAGUCAGUGCCAAGCAAGAACAAGCUCAAGAAAGUGAAACCAUCUUCCCUUAGAAAGAAAACAGCUGGAGAGACCCCAGAAACGGAAACAGUCACAGAGGGCAUCCCUGUCCCCAAAGCAUCUUACCAGUUCAAUCUAGCUGAGUAUGAUGAGAAAAUAAACCCCUUUGUGAUGGGAGGUUCCAAAAUACAAAGCUCUCCUCCUACAGCUCAGCAAACCUUCAUGGCUUCAAACAGUGAUACCAAUGAUUCGGGGGUGGAGUUGGCUGAGGAGUCCAGGGGCCAUGCUCUGAAGCUGGAAUUUGAUUUUACGGAUGGGGUGGAGAAUGGAGAGGUCAAGAAAGCCCUGCCCAAGAAAAUUGGCAAGAAACCUGCCAGCAAACUAACUCCGAGGCGACAAAGAGAAGCUGGUAACAAACCUACUAGUGCUGAUGGCCUGGAACAGGCUCCAGCAGAGGUGCCUCUCCCCAAAGCCUUGUACCCGGUGGAUCCCAGUCAGUGGGACGAUCCUAACUUCAACCCUUUUGGCAGCAGCGCGAACUUGCAGAACUCCCCACCCCUCCCAAAGGCUUCCUAUCAUUUUGACCCCAACAACUUUGACUCAGCGGAUCCUUUUAAACCCACCAAGAGCUUAGCCAGCACAGCUGCUGACUCCUGCCCCACGGCUGAUAACAAUCUCAAUGAAAUCCUGGAGUCUCAGACCCUGGAGGUUCAGGAUGAGGAGCUGACGAUAGGCAAAGCCUCUCCAAAGAAAGCCAAGUCACGCUUGAUAACGAGUGGCUGCAAGGUGAAGAAAUAUGAGAUGCAAUCCCUGGUCCUGGAUGUUUGCACUCAGGAUGAAGGAGCAUUGAUCUCAAAAAUCCCAGACGUUGCAAAUUGCGAUGGUCAUGCUACUGACGAAGAGAAGCUGGCAUCUACAUCCUCCAGUCAGAAACCAUCCGGGCCAGAGGUGAAAGGUGAGCCAGAAGACGACCUGGAGUACUUUGAAUGUUCCAAUGUUCCCGUGUCUACCAUAAAUCAUGCGUUUUCAUCCUCAGAAGCAGGGUUCAAAAAAGAAACAUCCAAACAGAAGGAGAAGGAUGGGCCCAGCAGCACCCUGGGCGAUUCUGGACUGUGCUCAAAGGACAAAGCCUCUGGGGCCAUGACGACCAGAGCGAGUGGAAGUGAAAGUCCUCUGGAAAGCAUUUGCCUCAGUGAAUCUGACAAAACAGCCGUGCUCACUUUAAUAAGAGAGGAGAUAAUCACUAAGGAGAUCGAAGCAAAUGAAUGGAAGAAAAAAUAUGAAGAGAGCCGACAAGAAGUCUUGGAAAUGAGGAAAAUCGUGGCUGAAUAUGAAAAGACCAUUGCCCAGAUGAUAGAAGAUGAACAGAGGACAAACUUGGCCUCCCAGAAGAGUCUGCAGCAGCUCACAAUGGAAAAGGAACAGGCCCUGGCAGACCUGAACUCUGUAGAAAGGUCCCUGUCGGAUCUGUUUCGGAGAUACGAGAACCUGAAGGGCAUUCUGGAAGGGUUUAAGAAGAAUGAAGAAGCUUUGAAAAAAUGUGCUCAGGAUUAUUUAGCCCGGGUCAAACAGGAAGAACAGCGGUAUCAAGCCCUGAAAAUCCAUGCAGAAGAAAAAUUAGACAAAGCCAAUGAAGAAAUUGCUCAGGUGCGCACAAAAGCAAAAGCUGAAAGUGCAGCUCUCCAUGCUGGGCUGCGCAAAGAGCAGAUGAAGGUGGAGUCGCUGGAGAGAGCCCUCCAACAGAAGAACCAAGAAAUUGAAGAGUUGACCAAGAUCUGUGACGAGCUGAUUGCAAAGAUGGGAAAGACUGACUGAGCCUCGCCACCCUUUGUCCAACACUCUGCACUUGCCUGUUUUUUUUUUUUUGUAGUGUUGAGCACCUUGCCUUAUUCUCCAGGAAUAAUCUCCCCUGAGCAGAGAAAAGCACAUGCGCACAGCUCCCUGCCCCACUUGGCAGCAGGAUCCCAUCACACCUGAGGCAAAGCUGGUGUCCCAAAGGGUUCUGGUCUGAUCGUUUCAAAGGGUUUGCAGCCCCAGGUUUUUAGGGCUCAGCUCAGUUUCUC